UUGUUUAUAGGGCGGAAUAAGCAGAGGGAAACGGAAAAAAAUGCAGCGCUUGAAAUCUGCAGCGAUUGUGGGGCGUUUUCUGCGCGGCCAUGGCGUCAUUUCUCAGCAAACAAGAACCCUCAAUCUCCCUAAUCAUCUGCUCGUUGAUGAUCCCCAAGAAGUUGUGCUUGUUGAGGGGAAAGCUUGUUCAAGAACUGCGAUUCUUAACAGACCCAGUGCUCUGAAUGCUCUGAAUGCUGCUAUGACUGAAAGGUUGCAGAAGCUUUACACAAGCUGGGAAGAAAGCCCGGGUAUUGGGUUUGUGGUAAUGAAGGGCAAAGGCAGGGCCUUUUGUGCUGGAGGUGACGUAGUUGCAAUUUAUAAUAUGUUAAAACAAGGAAACCUUGAAGAGACUAAAGAAUUCUUUAGUUCAGCAUAUAAAUUUAUGUACAUUCUUGGCACAUACUUGAAACCACAUGUGGCUCUUCUGAAUGGAAUUACCAUGGGUGGUGGGGCUGGUGUUUCAGUCCCGGGAACAUUCCGGGUUGCAACGGAUAAAACUGUUUUUGCCACUCCGGAGACUUUAAUUGGUUUUCAUCCAGAUGCCGGGGCCUCCUUUCACCUAUCACACCUCCCUGGUUAUUUAGGAGAAUACCUGGGCUUAACUGGAGACAAGCUCAGUGGAGUCGAAAUGAUGGCGUGUGGGCUUGCAACCCACUACACCGUCGUUGAAAGAUUGCAUUUAAUUGAGGAACAUCUUGGAAAUUUAGAGACCGAUGAUCCUACUGUAAUUGACAGCUCCUUGGCAAGAUUCGCAGAUGUUGCCCUUCCUCAUCAAACAAGUGUAAUGCACAGGAUCAGAACUGUUGAUAAAUGUUUCAGCCAUGACACUGUAGAGGAAAUUAUUGAUGCUUUGGAAAGAGAGGCAGGCAGGACGAAUGAUGAGUGGUGUAUUUCAGUGUUAAAGAAACUGAAAGAAGCCUCGCCAUUGAGUUUGAAAGUCGCUUUGAGAUCUAUACGCGAAGGUAGAUUUCAAACUUUUGACCAGUGCCUAAUUCGUGAGUAUCGCAUGACUGUUCAAGCGAUCUCUGGACAAAUUACUAAUGAUUUCCGUGAGGGUGUUCGGGCACGAUUGGUGGAUAAAGAUCUUACACCUAAGUGGGACCCUCCAAGCUUAGAUCAUGUAUCUAAUGAUAUGGUAGAACAGUAUUUUUCUCCACUCUCGGUAUCUGAACCCGACCUGGAUCUACCCACACAACAACGCGAACCGUUUCCUUAAUCUAGGCAAAACGCAUGUUGCCCCCCCUACCCUCGCGUAGAAAUGCUGUUAUUCUUUUUCCUGCUUAGCUAGGAAUGAACGAGGAAAGUCAGAAAGCAUCCCCGAUUAUUCUCCAGAUUGAUCAUUCUAUUGCUGUCUCAGAAUAAUAUCUUACCUGUUGCCUGUUGGUGGUACCAACUUCCAUAUAGAAAUGUGGCUUUUUAUUGUCCAUUUUCAUCUUUGCUCUGUAGUGUGUACUGGCAAAAGUAUAUAUAGAAAUGUGAAGUUUCAUAUUUCCUAUUUUCA